UGGAGUGACGGAAGUGGUGAAAAUCUAACAAAAACCGGUAGCUUCUGAACUUGGCCAACGCGUUAGAUGUGUUAAAAAGGCAAUGGCCAAAUAAAAUGCGGUAAAUUUACAUCCGCAGCCACGUCACAGCGAAUAAAAGUCUGGAUUUCGGAAAUGAAAUCCCAAUUCUAAGCUGAACAAAAAACGGCAGCAGCGCAGCGGCGAACAAUGGGCAAACGUACAGCGGCGGCGGUGUGAUUUCCAGUGUUCAGCUUCGAGUCCGACUCAACUUGCGAACUUGCACUUAAAAAGCAUCUAGAGCUAGUAACAAGAACUUUUGUACAUUAACAUUAGUAGCAAAGUGAAAACAAAAAAGUUUAAAAUUUACACAAAAAGGGGAAAUAACUUAAAUCGUAGUAACGAAUCAUAAACAUAGCACUGAAAAAAUUAAAUUUUUGCUAAGCUAAAUAACAAAAAGUAUUUAUAAACUGUUAUAUACACACUCUUGUAAGCUUGGACAUACAUAGAGCUGAAGCUGAACGCGCCAAGAGCUAAUCAAUAUAUUCCAAAACACUCCAUUAGUGUAUAGGUAGGACAUAUAUUAAAGAAAUUUUUGGAUCAAGUGCAACAAUAGUAACAACAAAAAGGAAGCAGCCACAACAGUAACUGGAGUAACAACAACAGCGAAAAGCAAUAAACGACGAACCUCAGCGUUAAGCAUAAAGAUUUACUAUUACCAUAUAUAUAGAUAUAUAAAAUAAAACAUAUAUAUAUAUAUAUAUAAAGAGAACAGGAGGAGAAGUCCGCCACUUUGGAAUAGUCAAAGUAUUCAAAAAAUUUUAGGAAUAGCGCCGUUAUUGUCAGACCUGUUUUUAGUUGUAAAAGUUCAAAAGAAAUUAUAUAUAUAUUCAUAUAUAUAUAUAUAUAUUGUACGUAUGUGCGUGUGUGAACUUUUUAUAUAAAACAAAAAUAAAAAACAAUUUGAGGGUGGUAACAAAAGUAGUAGCCUAUUUUUUAUAUCAGUUUUCUAUUGAUGCCGCCUAAGUAACUGCGUGUUGCUUGUAGUGUAGCAUUAGGCGUUAGAUUAGCUGACGUAGGAGAACAUAAAACUACAUAUUUCUGUCAGAAGACACACCCACAUCCCCCUAAAGGAGGCAACCAGACAAGACAACUCCAAAGAAACGACGUCAACGACGUGAACUACAGCAGCUGUACACCAUGGAUGACUCACAGCCGAAAACACUAUACGUGGGCAACCUCGAUGUCUCUGUGUCGGAGGAUUUACUCAUAGCGCUUUUUGGCAAAAUGGGAGCAGUAAAAAGUUGUAAAAUCAUAAGGGAACCGGGCAACGAUCCUUAUGCCUUCAUCGAAUAUUCCAAUUAUCAGGCAGCUGCAACUGCGCUAACCGCCAUGAACAAACGUGUCUUUCUCGACAAAGAGAUUAAAGUUAACUGGGCCACCAGUCCGGGCAAUCAGCCGAAGACAGACAUCAGUUCUCAUCAUCACAUAUUUGUUGGUGAUCUCAGUCCCGAAAUCGAAACGGAAACAUUGCGUGAGGCUUUCGCUCCAUUUGGCGAAAUAUCGAACUGCCGCAUUGUCCGCGAUCCACAGACAAUGAAGUCCAAGGGCUAUGCCUUCGUAUCCUUCGUAAAGAAAGCGGAAGCGGAGAAUGCAAUACAAGCAAUGAAUGGUCAGUGGAUUGGCUCGCGUUCAAUACGCACGAAUUGGUCGACACGCAAAAUGCCGCCACCACGAGAGUCGUCCAAAGGCGGCGGUCAGGGCGGUGGCAUGGGAGGCAUUGGCGGCGCUGGAAAUGGCACAGGUGGUAUCAAAAGCAAUGUUCGACACACCUUUGAGGAGGUCUACAACCAAUCGAGUCCGACAAAUACCACCGUCUAUUGCGGAGGCUUCCAGCCCAAUGUGAUAAGCGAUGAGUUGAUGCACAAACACUUCAUGCAAUUCGGUCACAUACAAGAUGUACGCGUCUUCAAAGACAAGGGCUUUGCGUUUAUAAAGUUCGUCGCCAAGGAUGCAGCAGCACGCGCCAUCGAGCAUACGCACAACAGUGAGGUGCACGGUAAUCUCGUGAAAUGCUUCUGGGGCAAGGAAAACGGGGGAGACAAUUCAGCCAACAAUCUAUCUGCAGCAGCAGCGGCAUCUGCAAACGUUGCUGCCGUGGCAGCUGCCAAUGCAGCAGCCGCCGCAGGAGCAGCCAUGCCCGGUCAAAUGAUGACCCAACAACAGAUAGCAGCGGCCACUGGGGCCGCGAUACCCGGCCAAAUGAUGACACCGCAACAGCUAGCGGCCGCAACAGCGGCGCAAUAUCCAUAUGCGGCAUAUCAGCAGAUGAGCUAUUGGUAUCCACCUGCGAUUUCUUCAUUACAGGGCUAUCCGACUGCUCAGAUGCCCACACAGUACAUGCAGCAGGGCUACUAUCCAUACGCCUAUACAACCAGUGCUCAACAAGCGGGAGGCAUGCCGACCGGCUAUCGUAUGGUGCCACCGAAUGUGGCAUGGGGUGUACCGGGAGCUGUGAUGCCGGGCGUAACAGCAGCCACUGCGGCUGCGGCAGCCAAUGGUUCGCUUGGCCCUCAGGUAAUGUACAGCGCCGCGAUGCCACAAUAUCAGACCCAAUGAGCAGAGACGUGACGCCUGCUUCGACGCCGUCUGCACCAUCCGGGCAUUCGUUUUAGCCAACAUCGUGCACUUCAACAGCAACAACAACAACAAGAACAACAGCAACAUUAUUAUCAACAAUACGUGCACUUCGUUGUUGGCAAUAGCCCCUAUAAAAUGCCAAUGCCAGUUACUAUGAUAAGCAGUAAUAACACCAGCAGUAGCAGCAGAGGCGAGGACGGGACUUUCAUCUUGGCAGCAUCGGAAUAGGUAGCAACAACCAAACUACACAAAAACAACACAACAAUAGCAACAGAAAAGACCCAAAACCACAGUUUAUAAUUUCAGUUUCAUUUGAAGUGCGUUUCUUCAGUUCAGUUGAUUUGUUUUACGCCACGUCAUAGGUGAAUAAAAACAAAAAGUUUAGUGUUA